AUGCUGUGCAACAACCCGCUGCGUGAGAGCCUCCAGCUUAUUCGUGAAUCGUUACACCGUGGUGCGCCAGCUUCUACGGAGUACAUGAGAGAGAAGAUGGCUCGAUGGGAGGGAAAGAGCAAAUACGUAAACAGGACGAGAACAAAUGUCACGGCUUCGACGUACGCAUUCGACGCUCCGCACGAGCCUCGACGACGGUCCGUCGCCGACCACGUACAUACUGUACUAACCGGCCACUAUAACGACCACCACGUCAACGACGACCACGACGACGAGAGCACCCGAGCCAUCCCUGCGCGCGCCUGGGGGAGCGAACAGGCCCCCCGACGAACGGUGGAGAGCGGGCGUAUCCAGAGCGGAGCGGCACACGGUCCAUGCGGCCUGCAUCUUCUCUGCUGCAGUGCUACGCACAUACUACAUACAGACAUUAGUACAGUACGUACGUGGCACGUACUCCAUCUUCCACCAACGGCGCUUGCUUCCCCUGCCGCCGCCGUCAUGGACCUGAAGGCGCGGCUCAGCCGAGAUCCUUGA